AUUUGUAGGGAACAAAUCGCUGGUUUCGUUUAACACCGAUAACUGAUUAAUUUAAUUCGACCAAAAAAAAAUAUACGCAUUUAUAAUGAUUGCAAUGAAGCUAAUUCACGUGGUUUAAUUUACAGGGCGACUUUUAGUCACGAGUGGCACUUCUUGCCUUUGGUUUAAAACGUCUUAGUGGAACUCGAAGAUGGCGGCGGUGACGACAAUGCGGCGCUGCUUCAGGAUCCUCAGACAUCUGCCCCAGUCGUCGUCCCGCCGCUGUAGACCUUGUCCCAGGCUUUGGGCAGCCGGACCUAAUCACGUCCUUCAUCACCCGUCAGCUUUCAGCUCACAGCAAUGGAGAGGAUUCAGACAAAGCAGUGUGGCUGCUGGACAAGUUCUUCAGUUCAAGUUGUCGGACAUCGGCGAGGGAAUCAUAGAGGUGACGGUCAAAGAGUGGUAUGUGAAGGAGGGCGAUAAGGUUUCCCAGUUCGACAGCAUCUGCGAGGUGCAGAGCGACAAAGCCUCCGUCACUAUUACAAGCCGAUAUGAUGGAGUCAUUAGGAAGCUUUACUACGACGUGGACGCGGUCGCCCUCGUUGGAUCGCCUCUCGUAGACAUCGAGACGGACGCGCCUCAAGAUGGCGGUCAUGAGGAGGACGUUGUGGAGACACCUGCAGUAUCUCAUGAACACACUCACCAGGAGAUUAAAGGACAUAAAACUCUGGCUACACCCGCAGUGCGACGUCUCGCCAUGGAGAACAAUAUUAAGCUGAGUGAGGUGGUGGGGACGGGAAAGGACAACCGUAUCCUAAAGGAGGACAUCCUUAACUUUUUGGCCAAGCAGACGGGUGCAAUCCUUCCUUACGAUGACGUGAAGGUGCCAUCUGCGCCCGCUGCUCCUGCCAAGGCUGAGAAACCAGCUCCGCCUCCUACACCCACCGUCCCCCGACCUGUUUUUACUGGGAAAGACAAGACCGAGACACUCAACGGUUUCCAGAAAGCCAUGGUGAAGACGAUGACAGCUGCCUUGAAGAUCCCUCACUUCGGUUACUGUGAUGAGGUGGACCUCACCCAGCUGGUGAGAUUACGCGCCGAACUGAAAGGUGCGGCUGAAUCCCGGGGAGUCAAACUGAGCUACAUGCCCUUCUUCAUUAAGGCCGCGUCUCUCGGCCUGCUGCAGUUCCCCAUCCUAAACGCCUCGGUUGAUGAAGACUGUCAGAACAUCACUUACAAGGCAUCCCAUAACAUCGGUCUGGCCAUGGACACUCCGCAGGGACUGCUGGUGCCCAACGUGAAAGGCGUGCAGGCUCUGAGUGUGUUUGAUGUCGCAGCUGAACUGAACCGACUGCAGGCGCUGGGUUCGGGCGGGCAGCUGGGCUCGGCAGACCUGACGGGGGGCACGUUCACCAUCUCCAACAUCGGCUCGAUCGGAGGGACUUACGCCAAGCCGGUCAUCCUGCCUCCGGAGGUGGCCAUCGGAGCUUUGGGAAAGAUCCAGAUCCUGCCGAGGUUCAAUGCCUCUGGUGAGCUGGUUAAAGCCCACCUGAUGAACGUGAGCUGGUCAGCUGAUCACCGCGUCAUCGACGGCGCCACCAUGUCCCGCUUCUCCAACCUGUGGCGCUCCUACUUGGAACGACCCACUUCCAUGCUGCUAGACCUCAAAUGAGGGUUUCUACAAACCACUGAUUCAUCACUACACCAUGCCUUCCUGCCGUUACUCACAAAAGAAAAACACCACAGAGACAAACCUGGAUCUUUUCCUUUUGUCUGAACUGUAUGUAAGUUUGAGCGUAUUUUAAUAAAAUGACACUCUUUCGGGUGUCAUGUAGAUAA